AUGACAGACAAGUCUCGAGAUUCCGGCCCCUCUCAGGAGCUCGGUAACCACCUCCCCGAAAGCACCGCCAAUACCACCGAUCCCACGAAACCAAAACAUGAAUUCCCCCAAUCACAAGUUGGAAAACUAUGGGAUGCGUUCGGUAACCCCGAAGAGAAGGUCAACAUGCUCUCCAAUGCAUCAUACAAGCCUCGAGGCAAAAGUGCGAAGGAUGUUUCAUACUCGGAGGUGAUUGGCGACGUGUCUGUGUCCGAAAUGGCUUCGUUCUACAAAGUUCCAUGCGCGCGCGAGUCUUUAAUGACCGGAAUUGGCGCUGGUUUUGGGAUUGGUGGAACUCGCGCCAUAUUUGGAGGCAUGCGAUCAUUAUGGUCUGCAGGAAACUGGGCCGUCACAGCGUUCGCGAUCACAUCAUUGGGAGCAUACGAGAUCUGCCGCCGACGUCGAAUCGAAGAGCUACAUGGAAUGAAACAAGCAGUUGAGUUAAUGAAGGAGCUGAAGGACAAAAAACAACGGGACAAGGAAAAGGCCAUGGAGCAGGCGGCUCGAAAGGCAGAGGAGGAAAGGCGGAAGAAGAGUUGGACAGACCCCUCCAAUUACAAAUUCUGGUAG